UUGCCCCGACCCCGCCUGCAUCGUCACCCCAGAACAGCUGCCGCCAGAGCUCCGGCCGCCCCUCGGUGAGCAGAGUCCGCUCCGGCUCCAGGAAGCAAGUCGCCAACAUGGUGAAGAUCGUGACAGUUAAGACCAAAGCGUACCCGGACCAGAAACCGGGCACUAGCGGGCUGCGGAAGCGGGUGAAGGUGUUCCAGAGCAGCGCCAACUACGCGGAGAAUUUCAUCCAGAGUAUCAUCUCCACGGUGGAGCCAGCGCAGCGGCAGGAGGCCACCCUGGUGGUGGGCGGGGACGGCAGGUUCUACAUGAAGGAGGCCAUUCAGCUCAUCGCCCGCAUCGCCGCCGCCAAUGGGAUUGGCCGCUUGGUUAUUGGACAGAAUGGCAUCCUCUCCACCCCUGCUGUGUCCUGCAUCAUUAGAAAGAUCAAAGCCAUUGGUGGAAUCAUUCUGACAGCCAGCCACAACCCUGGAGGGCCCAAUGGAGAUUUUGGAAUCAAAUUCAAUAUUUCCAAUGGAGGUCCUGCUCCUGAAGCAGUAACUGAUAAGAUUUUCCAAAUCAGCAAGACAAUCGAAGAGUAUGCAAUUUGCCCUGACCUCAAAGUAGACCUUGGAGUUCUGGGAAAGCAACAAUUUGACCUGGAAAACAAGUUUAAACCCUUCACAGUGGAAAUUGUGGAUUCGGUGGAAGCUUAUGCUACGAUGCUGAGAAACAUCUUCGACUUCAGUGCCCUGAAAGAACUGCUCUCUGGUCCAAACCGACUAAAGAUCCGCAUCGAUGCCAUGCAUGGAGUCGUGGGACCCUACGUAAAGAAGAUCCUCUGCGAAGAGCUAGGCGCACCUGCAAACUCGGCAGUCAACUGCGUUCCCCUGGAGGACUUCGGAGGCCACCAUCCUGACCCCAACCUCACCUACGCAGCGGACCUGGUGGAGACUAUGAAGACGGGAGAGCAUGAUUUCGGGGCUGCCUUUGACGGAGAUGGGGAUCGAAACAUGAUUCUGGGCAAGCACGGGUUCUUUGUGAACCCCUCGGACUCCGUGGCCGUCAUUGCUGCCAACAUCGUCAGCAUUCCGUAUUUCCGGCAGACCGGGGUCCGCGGCUUUGCCCGCAGCAUGCCGAGCAGCGGAGCCCUGGACAGGGUGGCUAAUGCUACAAAGAUCGCUUUGUAUGAGACCCCCACUGGUUGGAAGUUUUUUGGGAAUUUGAUGGACGCAGGCAAACUGUCCCUUUGUGGGGAGGAGAGCUUCGGCACCGGUUCUGACCACAUCCGUGAGAAAGAUGGACUCUGGGCCGUCCUCGCAUGGCUCUCCAUUCUAGCCACUCGUAAACAGAGUGUGGAGGACAUUCUCAAAGAGCACUGGCGGAAGUAUGGCCGGAAUUUCUUCACUAGGUAUGAUUAUGAGGAGGUGGAGGCCGAGGGCGCAAACAAAAUGAUGAAAGACUUGGAAACCCUGAUAUCCGACCGCUCCUUCGCAGGGAAGCAGUUCUCGGUGGGUGACAAAGUUUACACCGUGGAGAAAGUCGAUAACUUUGAAUACAGUGAUCCAGUGGAUGGAAGCAUUUCAAGAAAUCAGGGCAUUCGGCUCAUGUUUGCAGAUGGUUCCCGCAUCAUCUUUCGACUGAGUGGCACUGGGAGCGCGGGGGCCACCAUUCGACUGUAUAUCGACAGCUAUGAGAAGGACGUUGCCAAGAUCUACCAGGAUCCCCAGGUCAUGUUGGGCCCCCUUGUUUCCAUUGCUCUGAAGGUCUCCCAACUCCAGGAAAGGACAGGACGCUCCGCACCCACUGUCAUCACCUAAGAAGACGGGCCGGGGGCGGUGCGUCUCUCCACCCGGGGACCCCCAGUCAUCUGAUUGAAGAGCAUGGUUAGAAUAAUGUGUACUCACCCAGGCUUUUUAGGAUUUGGCUUUUCCAUUAACUAGUUUUUGAUGAAUGGUACGUUUGCAAAGCGCUGCCAAUUGAGAUGCCCUUGGGAGCCACGUGGGAAAGAGGGGAAAAGGACCCAGGGGCUUAUGCUAGUGUCAAUCCCUUUUCAUGCUGCUGUGUGGGGGUUUGUCUCCUCAGUGCCAAGUUCUGUUUACACUACAAUGUAACAAAGAGGUUGAGCAUCAGCUAACGAGGCCACUUUUCAUCCUUAGGAUGGGCCAGUGAAAUGACAGUGCACCUUUCUUUCUCCUUGGUGACCCUUUCCCCCCAUUUACUGUUUACAUGGAACCCAGCGAAUACAAUUUCUGGUGCCUUCUCUCCAAUCAGCUCUUUCGUCAGAGUGAGAUGUACCUGUCUACAGAUUUCUGCCUUGUUUUGCAGCGUAGUCCCAUUCACACAAAUACUUCGGGUUAUUAAAGCAAAAUAAGCCACUC